GUUCACCAGCAACAUCUGUGAUCGGCGAGUAACGGUCUGUCUAGAAUUAUCACUCAAAGUGAAUUUUGACAUUCGCUUUUACACCGUAAUCAUAUCUUUGUCGAGAAUUUUAUGCAAUGUUGGUUUAAAACAACAUUGUGCAUUUAAGGGUUAAGCUACUGAACACAAAUCAGUCUCCCCAUCAUCUUAAACCAGAAUAAUUGGAAUAUCAAUCUUGUGUAGCUGACGAAGCAACAAUCUGGUACCUUGCUUCCACGGAUUGUCUCGGAUACUGCCGGUUAUAGUGUCUGAUUUCGUUUCAACAGGUUCGAGUCCUGUGUCGGUUCGUAUGGUUGUGUAGUUUUAUCAUUUCGAUUGCAUAAUCGGACAGCAUUCAGGAGCGAUUAUAUAUCCACAACAAUUAAGACAACGUCAAAAAAUGUUACUUCGUCCAAUUCAACGAUAUAUGUCUCCUCUAGUAUAUCGAGCCAUGUCAACUGGAGCGGAACGUACCGUCAUCAGUGAGGAACUCGGUAGUGACAAGGGAGUCAUUACGCUGAACCGACAAAAGGCCUUGAAUGCCAUCAAUCUUGAUAUGGUGCGACAGAUUUACGCGGUCAUGAAACAGUGGCAGAAUACCAAGAGUUUGGUUAUCGUUAAAGGAGCCGGAGAAAAGUCGUUCUGUGCGGGUGGUGAUGUGCGAGCAAUCGUAGAGAAUGGUCCGGUGGAUUCAUCGAGAAAUUUCUUCCGCGAGGAAUACCGACUGAACGAACUGAUUGGUACCUACAAACCAGACUACGUUGCUAUCAUUGAUGGAAUAACCAUGGGUGGUGGAGUCGGUUUGUCCGUGCAUGGGAAGUAUCGAGUGGCUACCGAGCGGACCAUGUUCGCCAUGCCCGAAACAGCCAUCGGGCUGUUUCCGGAUGUCGGUGGCGGAUUCUUUUUGCCUCGACUGCAAGGCAAACUAGGCUUGUUUCUGGGAUUGACCGGCUAUAGAUUAAAGGGCAAGGAUGUGAUGAAGGCUGGAAUUGCUACCCACUACGUUGAAAGCAAAAAUCUUGAGGCUCUCGAGAAAGAACUUGUUGCAGCUAGGAACAGCUCGGAUGUCUCCAAUAUACUCAAUAAGUUCAAUGCAAACGAUAGUUCCGAAUUCACACUGGCCAAGGAAUUGAAACAGAUCGACGAGUGUUUUGAUGCAUCAACAGUAGAAGACAUUUUCGCGAACUUGGAAAAGGAUGGCAGUUCUUGGGCUAAAAGUACUCUGCAAACUAUGGCCAAAAUGUCACCAACUUCGUUAAAGGUAACCAAAAAACAGUUGGACCUUGGAGUGCAGUGUGACUUACGUAGCUGUCUAAAGAUGGAAUUUCGCAUGGCGGUUCAUAGUGUCAUCGGUAGUGAUUUUGAGGAGGGUGUCCGAGCAAUGUUGAUUGAUAGAGACCAGAAUCCGAAGUGGAAUCCGGCAAAGUUGAGUGAAGUUACCCAAUCACAUGUUGAUCGGUUUUUUGGACCACUUCCCGACGGAGAUGAAUUGGUUUUCGACAAUGAGGCGAAAGCGAAUCUAUAAGUUGAUUAUUUCUGUGGCGAUUCCUACCUCAAGUGCAUUUAAAUAAGCUAAUCAGUGGAUAUUAUUAACGCAUGGCGUAAACAAAUAAAAUUUUAGUUAAA